GCAGAUAAUCGUUGUCUGAAGGUCAAAAAGCAGUAGUAAUAAAUCAGGGUGCCAAAUGAACGGCUCUUUCACAGAUGUGAUUUGGUUUAAGACGUUAUAGAGCCGAAUAGAGCCGUUCGUUCUGCUUCUCAGUAGCUGGUGUGCACACCUGCAGGCUAGGCCAAGUAAACGGACUUCCUUUCCCUUAUGAACUCUUAAACAACUUCGGCGCUAAAGUUUGCAGCAGGAAAAAGUUGGCUUGUUUUGCAUUGACGUGAUUGUGUGUGAACCCGCUGCCAUGUCCACAGUCGUGGUAAUGGACCCCGCCAGGGACGCCAGCAACCUGCAGUCAUCCUGUGGCACCGGGGACAGCAUUGCUUCACUGGAUGAAGUCACUAUGGAUUCCACAGCCAAUGAGUCAUCAGAGGAGGAGUCAGCCGGUGAGAGGGAAGCGGAGACUGGGGCCAACACUGAGUUCACCAACAAUCCCACACACACACAGACAGUGAGUGCCCAGCGGCCAGACUCUCUGUCCCUGGCGGUGGCUAAGCCAGACUUGUGGACAUCGAGUGGUGACGGGGAGGUGAAGCUGAGGAUGGGGGAGUCAGGCUUUGCCUCUGAGCCCCCACUCACCGUAGACCAGAUGUUUAAGACUGCUGUGGAGAGGUUUGGCAGCUACACUGCCCUGGGCUGGAAGGAGGGAGAGCAGACCAAGACAAUCAACUACCAGGAGUACUACCAGGCCUGCCGCACCGCUGCCAAAAGCUUCCUCAAGCUUGGCUUGGAGCGCUACCAUGGGGUUGGCAUUCUGGGCUUUAACUCUGCUGAGUGGUUCAUUUCUGACAUUGCUUCCAUUUUGGCUGGUGGGUUUGCAGUGGGCAUCUACACCACAAACUCCCCAGAUGCUUGCCAGUAUGUAGCAGAGAACUGCAAGGCCAACAUCAUUGUGGUGGAGAAUCACAAGCAGCUGCAGAAGAUCCUACAGGUUCAAGACAAGCUGCCACACUUGAAAGCCAUUAUCCAGUACAAAGAUGCACUUAAAGAGAAGAGACCAAACCUCUACACGUGGACUGAGUUUAUGGAGCUGGGCCGCGAUGAGCCCGACACAAAGCUGGAUGAUAUCAUCACUAUCCAGAAGCCCAACCAGUGCUGCACACUGAUCUACACUUCAGGUACCACAGGCCAGCCCAAAGGAGUGAUGCUCAGCCACGACAAUCUGACAUGGACAGCGUUCGCAGUAGGCCGCUAUGUCCGGCUGGCAGAAGCCACCAAGUCUCAGGAGAUUGUGGUCAGCUACCUGCCCCUCAGCCACAUCGCUGCUCAGAUGGUGGACAUCUGGGUCACCAUGAAGGUCGGAGGGGCAACAUACUUCGCCCAGCCAGACGCACUGAAGGGCUCCCUGGUUAACACAAUGAGAGAGGUGCGUCCCACAGCCUUCAUGGGCGUACCACGUGUCUGGGAGAAGAUGCAGGAGAAGAUGAAGUCCGUCGGGGCCAAGUCGUCCACCGUGCGCAGAAAGGUGGCAGUCUGGGCCAAAGGAGUGGGUCUGCAGACCAACCUCAGCAAGAUGAACCAGAAUGGAGCUAUGGCGAGGACGCCCAUAAACUACCGCUUGGCCAAGAAGCUGGUGUUCAAGAAGGUCCGUAAGGCUCUGGGUCUGGACCGCUGCACCAAGUGUUACACAGGCGCCGCCCCCAUCACCAAGGAUACCCUGGAGUUCUUCCUCAGCCUGGACAUCCCAGUGUACGAGCUGUACGGAAUGAGUGAGAGCACUGGACCUCACACCAUCUCUCUGCCCGACGCAUUCCGCCUCACCAGCGUUGGGAAGUUGAUCCCUGGUUGUGAGACUAAGAUUAACAAUCCUGACGAGGAGGGCAACGGGGAGAUCUGCUUCUGGGGACGCCACGUCUUCAUGGGCUACCUAAACCAGGCCGACAAGACCGAGGAUGCCCUGGACACUGAGGGCUGGCUGCAUUCUGGAGACCUGGGCAAACACGACGACAACGGCUUCCUCUUCAUCACUGGACGCAUCAAAGAGCUGAUCAUCACAGCGGGUGGAGAGAACAUCCCUCCAGUGCCAAUCGAGGAUGCUGUGAAGGAGGCCGUGCCGCUGGUUAGCAACGCCAUGCUCAUUGGAGACAAGAGGAAGUUCCUCGCCAUGCUGCUCACCAUUAAGUGCCAGGUGAACGGAGACACUGGUGCUCCUGAAGAUGAGCUGAUGCCCGAGGCCGUAGAGCUGUGCCGGAAGCUGGGCAGCAACGCCAUGCGAGUCUCAGAGAUCGCCGGUGGGCGUGACCCGGUCAUCUAUGCCGCUAUCCAGGAGGGUAUCAACCGCGUGAACGAGAAAGCCACCUCCAACGCCCAGCGCAUCCAGAAGUGGACCAUCCUAAACCAGGACUUCUCCAUCCCUGGGGGAGAGCUGGGCCCCACUAUGAAGCUGAAGAGGCCGGUGGUCAUGAAGAUGUACAAAGAGCAAGUAGAGAAUUUCUACAAGGAGGUGGUGACCCCAAGCACCCCUGAUAACUCCAUGCCCCCCAAAUAGGCCUGUGACAAAAAUACCCCUGCAGAGCAAUUCAGAGAAACACUACAAAAGACAUGCAGACAGAACAGUCUUAGACAACCACUCUUUGUUCAGUUCCUGUUUCUCUCCUGUGAACAUUUUUUGCUAGCUUCCUCCUUUCAUUAUUGGGUUUUGUUUACAUUUGUGGGUGUUGUAAAGAAAAUAUGUAUAAGGAAAACAUCCAUGAGAAGCCAUUGUAAGCCUUUAGGAUUUUUUAAAAAGAUGAGUUGUUGAUAUGCUGAUUUCAACUAUUUAUUUUGUAUUAUUGUGAUGAAGAACAAUAAUAUAUGAUAGAUGACGUACAGUUGUAUGUGAUGAGGCUUUGUGAAUUUACUGUGAUACUUGCAAAUAAAUGGCAUAGAAUCCAGAAAGUCCAUAGGACAUGGUAGAAUUUACUGUGAUACUUGCAUAGAAUCCAAAAAGUCCAUAGGACAUGGUAGAAUUUACUGUGAUACUUGCAUAGAAUCCAGAAAGUCUAUAGGACAUGGUAGAAUGUACUGUGAUACUUGCAUAGAAUCCAGAAAGUCUAUAGGACAUGGUAGAAUGUACUGUGAUACUUGCAUAGAAUCCAGAAAGUCUAUAGGACAUGGUAGUAGAAUUUUGGGGGAUAAGUGUUACUAUUUUUCUUUUUGCCAAAGUCAGAAAUGACUUGGGCCAAAUACACACAUUUGGAUGAUAAAUAAUUAUUACAUCCAGUGAUCCCUGGUCUGGAUUAAAAAUAAAAGAUAUGAAGUGAAGUGACAGGGAAAGAAAACACUGAACAUAUCAUUGUCCUAUUUAUUAUUGUUGUUUUUCUGUCUGGUUUGAGUUUUGAUGAAAGUGCGUCUAUCAUUGUGUAGUAGCUCCUAAAUCGUGCAGUUCUGCAAUAAAUACAAAAGACGAGCCCUGGGACGACCAAUGAAAAUUAAGUUGUAGAUUUAGUUGAUUGCUUGGCGCCAUAAGCACAUGGCACAAUGUUGAACUUCUGCACCUACCUUAUCUGAGACAGAGCAUCCAGAUCUUUAUGCUACAGAACCAUAUCAUUCAAGCCAUAUUAGUUUAGUCAUGUUUUAUAUCCAAUGAGUUUUACGGACUGAUCGUCUGUGACACAGCCUAGCAAUUGCCUGGUCUUGUUGGGAUGUUUUGUAACGAUUGUGUAAAAUUGCUGUGACCAUUUAAAUCCUGUAAAUAUGUUUUGCUUACAUUUCCUCUUCUCUGGUCUUUAUCAGAGAACGUGUUAGUCUACAGAUCAUCAGUCUUGUCUUGAAGUGUGAGAGCCACCACUUUCCUCAUGCAUACCAGCACAACGCAGUGUGAGAAAAGAUUUUGGUCCUUGCACCACUGAAUUUGUCUUUCUGAAAACCAGUUCAUGUUCUCUGGGGUAACUAAUCUAAACAAGAGAAUAUAGAGCAUUUCAAAAUAAGCAAUCUUACCUAAGACAGGUGUUGACUGGUGUUCACUCUUAUUACAUUGCAAGUACUCUCCCUAAACACACAUAUGCAUGCUGAGUGGAAUUGUGAAAACCAUGUAUCUCUGCUACCUGCUUGCUGUACAUGUUAGGAGAACUUGGACUUCUGUGUCUUAUUGCUGGGUGUGAAUUUUGGCCAUUUGUCAAACCUUAGUCAGUACUUGCUAAACAUACUCCCAUGUGCAUCGUAGUAGGAAGAAAUGAGUUUGAUUUGUGGUUAAGACUUUGGCUUCCAGUACCUUUUGAACAUUUAUCUUUUGAUGAAAUACUUGAAUUUGAAGAGAUGUUUAAAACAAAGUCACUAAUACGAAUGAAAUCCAAAGAUCCCAUUUGUAAAACAAUUGCCACUAACAUGCCAUUGUCUCAGAUGAAAGUGAGUAGGUCAAGCCCCUUGCAGUUUGCAGAGAUGUUAGAGUGCUUCCAUAUUCAGAGAGAAGCUCAACUGGAGACCCAUGUUGAUGUUCAGGAAGACCUGUAAAUAAACUAUUAGCUUACCAUGA